AAGGCUUGAAUCCCUUCUUGGUUUCACAGGUGAUUUGGAUUUUACACUGUUCUCUCUGGAAAAUGACCAUCAACAAUUUCUCAAUUGAAUAUGACGCCAUCAACAGCAAAAACAUCUUCACAAAUGGAGAUACCAUAAAUGGAAGAAUCAUCGUGGAGGUUUCUAAGGAAACUAGAAUCAGUUCACUUAUUUUCAUAGCACAAGGAAGAGCUCACGUUCGCUGGAGUGAACAUCACGGGCAACAUCACCAUCAUGUGUACUGGUCUAAUGAGAAAUAUUAUGAUGUCAAACAUCAUAUCCUGAGAGAGGCAAGACAAGAUGGUACUGAAGUCAUUGGUAAAGGAAGACAUGUAUUUCCUUUUUCCUUCAUGAUUCCCGACAGAAAAAUCCCAUCAUCUUUCAAAGCCCCCAUAGGCAAAAUUGUUCACAAAGUGAAGGCGGAACUGAAACAAUCGAUGAAGCUAACGAAAAAGGCCAAAGCUCACUUCACAUUUGUGUCUCGGGCAGACAUGGAUGUUCCAGGACUUAUGGAACCUCAGUAUGGCUGUAAGGACAAAUCUAUCCUAUUUGGCUCUGGAAACAUUUCACUGGACGUUCACACCAAGCAGCUCGGAUACAAGCAAGGUGAGGAUCUCCAAGUCAUUGUUGAAAUCAGAAACUGCUCGACUCGUUCGGUGACGCCCAAAUUCAAACUGCAGGAGAAGAAGAGCUUCUUCGCUCAGGGCCGCCGGAGAGUUUUCACAAAUGACAUCCUUAAGGAGAAGACCACGGCUGUUGCAUCCUCCGACAAAGAGACUGUGACCAAGGUGAUCACCAUCCCCAGGGAACUACCUCCCUCCAUCCUGAACUGCUCCAUCAUCAAGCUGGAGUACAGACUGAAGGUCCAGCUGGAUGUCAAAUGUGCUUUAGACCCAGAGAUCAAACUCCCCAUAGUCGUCCUGCCUGUCUUUGAGGCCCCUGCUACGAUACAACCACCGGCUUCUGCUGUCUUUGGAUUUGAAAAAUUUGGGAGCCCAACCCCAGCACUGCCCUGGAGCAUGACACCAGCACAACAAGCAGCACCCAAUCCUAUGGAUCCUCCACCCGCAUACGGAGCACAUGCGUUGUACCCCCCUGUUCCUGAUUCUGGCAAAUACUGGCAUGCACUGUAAACACGGCACUGUUUUAGCAUUGCACUCUGAAAACGAUGGGGAUUUUUUUUUUUUCAAGUAUCAAUGCCGUACUGUAGAAACAGAGAUAUCAUCUUCUUUAAUCUCUGCAUUCUUCUUCUGUCAAAACCUGGUGCCUACGUUACCCACGAUGCAACUCGACCACAAACAGUCCGGCUGGAGAAUAGGGUGUGUUAUGUUAUAGUGGCUAAUGUACUGAUUUACCUCCUCUGGAGCUCACGUUCGACUUAGUGUCUAAACACUGAACAUUAUUGCCCCACAAACACAGCUUUUAUCCUGGCAGCAAAAAAAAACAAGUCUGAGCUCAACUACUGAGGAGGCAAACUAUUGUAUAUGUAUUGCAUUUAAUAGUACAAGUAUCUUAUAUAUAUAUAUAUAUA